UUUUUUUUUUUUUUUUUUUUUUUUUUUUUUUUUGCUGUGAAGCCGGUAAUAAGCAAGAAAAACUUUACUCUUUCAGUGACAAAAAAAAUGAAGUUAUCCCCCUUGAUACACGUGUAAAAUAGUUUAUCUGCAGAGAGGGGCUGUCGGAUCCAAAUCAGACCUAAAAAAGGCAAGUUGUGAAUAAAUUGAUCUUUGUCCAGACCCGGAAUCGGUACUAAAGGCGGUUGAUUUUCUCUGUUUGCUGUUGCUGCUGGUACCUUUGGAAGGUUUGGGUCUGCCCUCAGAAACCCAGAAUAGGGUUCUAGCCUUUGGGAAGAGGGGGGGGGGCUUAUAACAAUUUAAUAUAAAAAGGAAGAAAACCUAAUUCCUUCUUUCUCUUUCACUAUUUCCCACUACUUUUCAUAAAUGACAAUCAUGAAUGGAAAGACAAAACGACCUCCAUUUCGAAGCACAGCAGCAGUAGUAGUAGAGCACAAGGUGUCCGAUGCUAGCUUUUCAAAGUGGUCCAAGAUGUUACACUUGAUUUCGCCUCCCAACAAGAAGAGAAGGUCCACCUCAAUUGUUGCUAAGGAUGAUGAUGACGAUGAAAAAGAAGAAGAAGAGGGAACAAUAGAUGCUCUAAAAAAAGAAUUCAUUAUCGAUCAAUUUAACAAGCAGAAAAGCUUAAAUCGCCGUGCCAUGUAUAUACCCAAUCCUCCUCCCAUUGACGGGCCCAAAGAUGCCUCUCAUCAAUGGUCCUUGUAUCGCGCAACCUAUCAAAAACUCCGACAAAAUACAUUACCUCUUUCGGAAACAAUUCAUUUACGAAAAAUGCUUAUUUUGUUGCAACCCCAGCAGUUCAAGCAACAGAAAAAAAUUGAUCCCGUUACUCUGCAUACUAGGGUUACCAAGGUAACCAUUCCAGUAGCAGUAGAGGAUGAAGAGGACGAUGUACCAUUAGGCACCUUAUUAGAGAAAAAAACAACACCUCAUACAGUCACCUCUCCAAUAAAAAAAAACCAGAUUGUUUAUCAGAGAUAUUUAACACCCACAUUUUACCAUAUGCCUUACUACCAACCGCAACAGCCGUAUUAUUAUUACAAUACAGCACAAUUCAUCUAGCUGUUUUUACAUCUUGUACAUAUAACCCAAAAAUAAAUAAAUAAAUAAAAAAAGGGGGGGGGGGGGAGGAUGCAUACCCCAAAUUUGUAUUAUACACAAAAAUAACCCAUUAAUUAAUCAUUAACCACACACUUUAUCCAAUUUAUAUACCCUAUCCCUCUCUUGGC